AUUGUAAGAAGACCGUUAAAAGGUUGGAUUAUUAGUUUCCAUUUUCCCUAUAAAUUUUUAAUAAAUCAGCAGAAUCAGCCAAUACUACCGCAGUUAGAAUUUCAUACUAGCAAGGGACUCCAAAAUCCAAAUGGUGUAAUGGCCUAUAUUUAAUUGUCCACCGAAAAUACCCCAUAAUUGGAGGGCAUGGAUCAAAAUCCAUGGGAGGGUCCCAGAGAGAAGCAAAGACAAUCCACAAUCCCAGCCACUUUCAGCCUCCCUCUUUGUCGUCUCUCGCUCAUCACCUUGUCGUAUUUCCCCUCCCCGCAGCUUAGCACUUGUUUCUGUACGCGUACACGCACCUAACGUGUCCUCUCUCUUAUCCUUCACCUACCUCAUAAAUCCCCUUUCAUUCACCAAAAGCUUUUCCAAUCAAUCAGCCAGCCAUAUACAGUCCUUGUUAUAGAAAGCCUCUACUACUAGUCAUAGAACAUCCAGAUAGAUUAUAGAUAACAGAUCGAUUGUAGAUAGAUAGAGAGAUUUCCUGAAAGGAUUUUUCUUUCAAUUAUACACAAAACACGAUCCACUCACAGAUUCACUGAUCUUUCUUACACACACACAUAUAUAGAGAGAGAGAGGGAGGGAGGGAGCCAGGGAGGAGUAUUAUAUAUAUAUAUAGAGAGAGAGAGAUUUUAGGUUUUCAUGGAAAUGGGAUCUGUUUAGUUUUAUAUUUCAGUUUUGUUUCUUUCUUUCAUUUAGGUGGGAGGUAUACCCAAUGGCCAGAAAUAGUGAAGCAUCCCUGAUCGAGUCCAAGAGUGAGUCAAAGAGAGUAGUUCCACUGAACACGUGGGUUCUCAUCUCCAACUUCAAGCUGUCCUACAAUCUACUACGCCGCCCUGAUGGGACAUUCAACCGCCACCUGGCGGAGUUUCUUGAUCGCAAGGUCCCUGCUAAUGCAAAUCCAGUUCAAGGUGUUUUCUCAUUCGACAUGAUCAUUGACCGUGAAAUCGGACUGCUGAGUCGUAUAUACCGGCCUGCAUUUGAUGACGGAAGUGAGCCCAGUUUAUGCAAUCUUGAAACCCCCGUGUGCUCCGAUAUAGUUCCUGUCAUCAUUUUCUUCCACGGUGGAAGCUUUGCACACUCCUCUUGCAACAGUGCAAUAUAUGACACUCUCUGUCGUCGUCUUGUGGGCACUUGUAAGGCCAUUGUCGUGUCAGUGAACUACCGGCGAGCACCUGAGAAUAGAUACCCUUCUGCAUAUGAUGAUGGAUGGACUGCUCUGAAGUGGGUCAGUUCAAGAAAAUGGAUGGAAAGCAAAAAGGACUCUAAAGUUCAUGUUUAUUUAGCAGGAGAUAGCUCUGGGGGCAAUAUUGCCCAUAAUGUGGCUCUCAGAGCAGCCGAGUCAGAUAUACAAGUGUUAGGGAGCAUAUUGCUUAAUCCUAUGUUUGGAGGAGAAAAGAGAACUGAGUCGGAAAAGCAGUUAGACGGAAAAUAUUUUGUCACCCUUCAGGACAGAGAUUGGUAUUGGAGAGCCUUUCUCCCUGAAGGGGCUGAUAGGGACCAUCCGGCUUGCAACCCGUUUGGUCCGAACAGGAUCCACCUUGAAGGGGUUUUUAAGUUCCCGAGGAGCCUUGUGGUCGUGGCCGGUUUGGACCUGGUUCAGGAUUGGCAGAUGGCUUAUGUAGAUGGGCUUAAGAAGGCUGGGCAAGAGGUCAAACUUAUUUAUCUAGAGAAGGCGACGAUUGGGUUCUACUUGUUGCCAAAUAAUGACCACUUUUACACCGUCAUGGAUGAGAUUAGUGACUUCGUGAGUUCAGACAGUUGAAACCUUCCAGCAGUUGAAAAUUUUGGAGUUUAAAGAUUGUCCCUCUGUAUGUCUCUGGUUCCAAGAAGGGCCCCGGUUGGGUGAUUCUAGUGUCAAGGCUUCUUGUUGUGCUUAACUGGUACAAGUUUCUUUAUUUGGGGAUUCCGCUUCUUGGUUGUGUUGUAUAUAUAUAAAGUGCAAUAAGUCACAGAACUAUUUUAAGUGCAGUUUAGCUACAGCUCCAACUUCUGGCCUUUAAAGGGGAGGAAGAAGUGUGAAUUUGGGAGUGGGGGGCUGAUCUGAGAGAAUCAGCACCUUUGCUAAUAUUAUAUACCUACUGGUCCUAAGUAUACUUGCUAAACUGCAAUUCAUGGAUGGGAAACGUCCAUAAAUUAUUGAAUCUGUAAUCUAUAUAAGUAGAAUUGUCAUGGGUUGUGCUUACUUAACUUUCCAUUUGUGUAUUUACUUGAUUGCUUGUAGGCUGCAAGUAAAGAGCACAAAUGGUACCAUAACUAGUGGCAUUAAUGCAAUUUUGUGCCCCAAUUAAGAAACCCUAAUCGCAUUUGAUUUCUUUGUCGGUUGUACCAUUCGAUGUUCUGGCAAUUAUUAGAUUUGGCAGUUUGAAUUCAACUUACA